UUAGCACUCCUGCCUUAUAAAAACGUCGGGUUGGUACAGAACGUUUAGAGCACAAAUUAGGAUGUUUUGUUGUGAUGACAAAGUUUUCAUAAGAAAUCGACAAUGUAUUUGAAGAGUUUUAUUUUCCAUAUCGUUUUCAUCAUUGGAUGUAAUGCAAUUUGUGAUAAGAAUCUAAUCAGUGAUCUGAGUUUUAAGAUAUCAGGUGUAAAUGUAGAGUUUUCCUGUGAAAAUACAAAAAACAUUUACAUUACAUCGGGAAGAUAUGUUCCAAAGAACAUGAUUCCAAUUCGAAUGCAAAUAUACAAGGACUGGGCAAUUCUAGCCCUUCCACGAUACAGAGAGGGGGUUCCGUUUUGUCUUGCAAAAUUUUCUUUGAAAACUAAAGGUUGCCACGCUACAUUAGAACCAUUUCCCUGUUGGUCACUUCAAGAAGAAGGAAAUUGUGACGCUUUCCAAUCUGUUGUAGACAUUUAUUUAGACCCGUUCGAGAAUCUUUGGGUAUUGGAUACUGGAAUCGUUAAUACACUGGACCAACCAGUGAAAAGAUGUCCGCCCAAAAUAGUGGGAAUUAAUAUGAAAACCGGGCAAAUAAUAAAGGUAAUCGAUCUUUCAAAGUUUCUAACACCUUUGAGUAAACUCCAAUACAUUCUCGUGGAUUUUGACAAAUCGUCGAACCCGUUUGCUUAUGUAAGUGAUGCUGGAGCUGCCGCAAUUGUGGUGUAUGAUGUUCUUAACGAUAAAGGAUUCAGGAUAAUGCUCCCUAACACAAUUACCGAUCUUGUUCCACAAAGGGAUGUUCUCUAUAUUGUUUUAUCUCAAAAUGAAGGGAAUGGAAAUGAAAUAUUCUUCACAUACUUAUCCGAUCCCAAAAUGUAUUCCAUUAACAGUGAAGACUUGCAAGCAGGGAAGACUACGGGAGUGAUAAGGGAUGAAGGACUUAAACCUACAGGAUCGCCGAUAGUGCCAUUAGGGACAGACAACGGUGCUGCAAUAUUCUUUAGGUUUAAGGGUGAAAGUGAUAUUUAUUUGUGGGACACUGAAACAAGUUUCAAAGUGGACAAUUUCUUUUUAAUUCAAAAGGGUGAUGAAUGUAGAUUACCAACGCAAGUAGUACCAGGUUAUAAAAAACUGAUGUGGGUUUUGGAAAGUAAUUUUCCGGACUUCAUAGCAAAUAUGGCAGGAUCCUUAGGGCCGUCAGUAGCCGUUUAUCCUUUAAUUAAGGCAUGUGAUAAAUUUUAGACUAUAAUUAGAUUGAUAUGUUGUUGUUGAA